UUCCAGGGCUGAGCCCGUCACUACCCGGCGCGCUUGGGGGUUUUGUGUUGCACUCUGGUGUGGUUCCUGCGGAGACCCUCUGUCACCGACGCGGAUUCCUCUCGUGCCCUGCUAUCUUCGGGCACCUGCACAUCAGUUGUUUAAAUAUGUCCCGGGAAGGUGCACAUGAGAUUGUAGAUCGUUUAGGUUUGUCCCCGGGAAAGUACAUUUCCAGGUUGUGGAAAGUUUACAUCUUCCUCUGGGAACCUGCACAUUGAAGUCAUCACGAACACUUUGGUUUUGUCAUCCGCUGAAAUGUUCUCGGAGAAGCUCCUCCCUGACAUACAGCAGCAGGAAAUUCAGCGCUGUUUCUGAGCCCAUUGAGACCGCUGUGGAGACAAACUGGAGACAUGGCCAUGGUUUUUCAGUAGAAGUCCUGUGGUAUAUUCUCACUGAUAAAAAAAAAAAAAAUGAUGGCACUCGAAAGUUUACAAACCAAAGUCCGAGGAGCAGGAGAUGGAAUGGAAACAGAAGAGCCACCUAAAUCUGUUGAAGUUACCUCUGGAGUCCAACCCAUAAAGCAACACAUCAUUCAGAGUCCACGAAAGAAAACAGUUCCAUCAGAGAGCCCAGGAGUUCUUCAGUUAGGGAAGAUUCUCACUGAAAAAGCAGUGGAAGUCGAAGCCAUAAGAAUAUUAGUUCCCAAAGCUGCUAUAACACAUGAUAUUCCCAACAAGAACAUAAAGAUUCAGGGACAUCAUAAAGGUGAAUUCCUGGGUCAGUCAGAGGGAGUUGUAGACCCUAGGAAAGAACUCUUAGAGGUAAAGAAUAUAUUGGAAAAGCUCCAGACCUCUGAGAGGAGGUUAUUACAAGACAAAGAAGGUCUUUCAAACCAGCUCCGAGUACAGACAGAGGUCAAUCGUGAAUUAAAAAAGUUGCUGGUAGCUUCUGUGGGGGAUGAUCUUCAAUAUCACUUUGAACGGCUGGCCCGAGAGAAAAACCAGCUUAUUUUAGAAAAUGAAGCCUUGGGUCGAAACACAGCUCAGCUUUCAGAACAGUUAGAACGUAUGUCUAUACAGUGUGAUGUCUGGCGAAGUAAAUUCCUUGCAAGCAGGGUUAUGGCAGAUGAGUUAACCAACUCCAGAGCAGCUUUACAAAGACAAAACCGUGAUGCACAGAGUGCUAUCCAAGAUUUGCUGAGUGAACGGGAACAGUUUCGUCAGGAAAUGCUAUCUACCCAGAAGUUAUUGGAAGAACUCUUAGUGUCCUUGCAGUGGGGAAGAGAGCAAACGUACUACCCUAGUAUACAACCUCACAGCACAGCAGAACUUGCAUUAACCAAUCACAAGCUGGCAAAAGCAGUAACAUCUCAUCUCCUAGGAAAUGUUGGCACUAAUGGUCAAAAAAAGAUUCCAACAGCAGGUGAAUUCUGCAGCACCCCAGCAGAGAAAAUGGCUGAAAUGAUACUACACAUUUUGAAUCCAGUUACCUGCCCAGAAAGCUCAUCUGAUAAUAGAUUUUCAGAGUCUUCACCAACAACCUUACUUGCUACAAAGAAAAAUAUUGGACGGUUUCAUCCCUAUACUAGCUAUGAAAAUAUAACUUUCAACUGUUGCAAUCAUUGUCAGGGAGAACUUACUGUUCUUUAAUAUUGCUAUGUGGGAGGCAUGCCACAUAAACUUGCUUAUUAUACAUGAGUCACUAUUUGAGAGCUAGGGUUCUUAUAUUGCUAGAAGUUAUUGCACUUUUUAUUUGAGUAUUAUAUACACCCAAAGAUACUUCAUGUUGUAGAUUCCAGAUCACCCUUUCUUAAUAAAUAUCUCAGGGUAAGAAAAGUAUGAAACCAUGUAGAUACAUUAGAAGAAUGCAGUAUUUACUAAAUGUGUUUUUCCUAAAGGAUUCUAAAAUAUUGUAUACUAUUCCUAGACCAUAAGUGGUUAAUUUGCUGAACAAAGACUCUGAAAUAGGGAUUGACAAACUAUGGCCCUGGGUCAGAGGCAGCCAGUUUGAUUGAUUGUAGAAUUUUUUUUUGCACUAUAACAGUAGAGUUGAAUAGAUGCAAUAGGGCUUGUAUGAUCUGGAAGAACUUUUCUGACUCUUAGUCUGAAAAAGUAUCUGGGUUACUGCAGGGAUGUCUUUUCCCUCUUUGGUGAUCUUUUUGGGCUAUAAUGACACAUAUGGUAAGUGGGGCUGUCUUAAAAAUAAGUGCUAUAUGUUAGAAAAAUUAAAAACAUUUUUGUCACCUUAACAUGUGUAAAAUAUGUUCUUAUGUUAGUUAUGUUACCAUAUUUUGAAUGGAUUCAACUGGGUACUAUAGAAAAAAACAAAUUCUGUCAUUCUGACAAAUGCAAAAGCAAUAUAUAACCUGAUAUUUUAAAAAUAUGGUAAAGAUCUUUCUAAGACAUUAUUCAAACUCAAGAACAAUGUAAUCAUUAAUUUACAUUAUAUAAUAUAUUAUUGUUUAUAACACUAUCAUAAAAUACCCUUUUACAAGUUAAAAAACCCACAGUUUAUACCAAAUUAUACUAAUUAAAGUUCCUAUCAGUAGAAAACUUCAAAAACCAAAUCUAGUUACAUAACUAUAUUUUAAUGUCAAUACUAUUUUUGUCUGAUUUAUCUGAGACAUAGUUUGGAAAUAAAUUUCAUUACCUUCUUUA